CAGGCCGACUCUUUGACCGAAGAACAGGUUUCCGAAUACAAGGAGGCCUUCUCCCUAUUUGACAAGGAUGGCGAUGGCCAGAUCACUACCAAGGAGCUCGGCACCGUCAUGCGCUCGCUCGGCCAAAACCCCUCGGAGUCUGAGCUUCAGGACAUGAUCAACGAAGUCGAUGCUGACAACAACGGCACUAUUGAUUUCCCGGAGUUCCUCACGAUGAUGGCUAGAAAGAUGAAGGACACCGACUCCGAGGAGGAAAUUCGGGAGGCAUUCAAGGUUUUCGACCGUGAUAACAAUGGCUUCAUCUCGGCUGCCGAGCUGCGUCACGUUAUGACCUCCAUCGGUGAGAAGCUCACUGAUGAUGAAGUCGACGAGAUGAUUCGCGAGGCGGAUCAGGACGGUGAUGGUCGGAUUGACUACAACGAAUUCGUCCAACUUAUGAUGCAAAAAUAA